CAGCAGACCGUUCGCCGCAGCUUCACCUUGAUCGGCGUCGGGCUCCACUCGGGCGAGUGGGAGACGGUGCGGGUGUGCCCCGCGCGCGCCGGCGAGGGCAGGUACUUCGUUCGCGUCAGGAUCCCAGCCGCGGCGGCGCUCGCGCAGGACAACCUCCGCCUCUCCAUGCGCUUGGCGGUGGACGACGAUAACGGCGUCAUCACCUGCGAGCACCUGCUGUCCGCGCUCGAGGCGAUCGGCGUGGACAACGCGAGGAUCGAGCUCGAGGGUUCCGGCGAGGUUCCCAUCGUGGACGGGUCCGCGUACCAGUUCGCGUACGAGUGCGCCCGCGUCGGCCUCGUCCCCGCGCACGCCGACGGAUCCACCGCGGAGGUGCCCCGGAUGGCGUGGCGACCCAGCGAGAUGAUCACCGUGCGAGACGGCGACGCUUUCGUGCAGUUCAUCCCGGACGCCGUCACCAAACUCACCUACGGCGUCGAUUUUACGUACAAGUCGACCGCCAUAGGCAAACAGUGGGAGAGCUGGACGCCCACGGAGGACGGCGACUACGUCGACCUCAUCGCGCGCGCGAGAACCUUCGGGACGAUGCAGGACUACAUGGCCUACUUCCGCGCGGGAUACAUCCGCGGCGGCUUGGAGCAGUGCGCGCUCAUCGCCAACGGCGACAAGUUUUGGAACCCGCCGAUGAUCCUCCCCAACGAGAACGCCAGGCACAAGAUCCUCGAUUUGGUCGGGGACCUCUCGCUCAUGGCGGAGCCCGGGAUGGCGGGCGUGCCCAUCGGUCACGUGCUCGCGUACAAGGGCUCGCACAGGCUCCACGCAAAGUUUUUGGCGGCGCUGGCGGCG